GGACGCCGGAAGCCGAACCAUCGCGCGCGCUUUCUCUCUCUCUCGGCGGGGAGUUUUUGUCACGGGAACGCGCGUGCUUGCGGAGAGUGCGCACAGCUGCCCGGCGUACGCGCUCACCCUCGUCGUCGAACCACGUGGUGUCGCCGACGGGGUCGCCCCGCCGGAGGAGAGCCAUUUAGGCGCCACCGGCACAACGGCGCUCCACACCACAUUAUAGCUGAGUCUCCUCAGCUAUCGCCGCCAGUCGUCACACGGGCUACGCAAACGGACCGGCGCAGGGUUUCCUCGGCCGCGCGACCCUCCACCACGAAAACGACUCGCCUCAUCCGAACGGACGCAAUCAGCUGGCCGCACCUCCUCGGCUUUCAACCGACGCGACAAUUACGGUAACAGAAAACACCUGGGAAACGCGUUCCAGCUUUGCACAUGGCUUCCAGUUUAUAACCUCACGGGCUAUUCGUACUUCAUAAUCAGCGCUUCGAUCCUUUCAGGGAAGCAGUGUGUUGCGACCGGUCCCCACCUGGUGCCCCCCCUUUCCCCGGCCGGAGCCGAGACCAUGGGUCGCACGUCGAUAGUCGGGCCCCCUUCGUCCGAGGGGGCCCGCGAGGCUGAGCGCGUCUCCUCCUCGGCCGCCACCAAUGGCGUCGCGAUGAACGGGGCCGAUUCAGUUGCCAUGGAGCCGCCGAGAGACGACGCCGAGGAGCGCCAGCUCGUCGAGUCUAUGGCGCGCCACUACCGGGGUCUCCUCGAGAAGGUGGGCGAGAACCCCGACCGCCAGGGGCUGCGCCGGACCCCCGAGCGAGCCGCCAAGGCCAUGCUCGCGUUCACCUCCGGUUACAGCCAGGACGUGAGAGAUGUAGUCAACGACGCCGUGUUCCUGGAGGACCACGACGAGAUGGUCAUCGUCAAAGACAUCGAGAUGUUUUCGCUAUGCGAGCACCACUUAGUGCCCUUCAUCGGAAAGGUGUCCAUCGGGUACCUGCCCAACAAGAAAGUGCUGGGCCUCAGCAAGCUGGCCAGGAUUGUGGAGGUGUUCAGCAGGAGGCUCCAAGUACAAGAGCGGCUAACGAAACAAAUUGCGAUGGCAGUAACAGAAGCAGUCGGUCCCACCGGUGUGGGAGUGGUGAUACAAGCAACGCACAUGUGUAUGGUGAUGCGCGGCGUGCAGAAAGUGUCAAGCAAGACCAUCACGAGCUGCAUGCUGGGAGUGUUCCGGGAGGACCCCAAGACGCGCGAGGAGUUCCUCAAGCUCGUGCUCGGAGGCCAGUGAAUGCGAG